AUGAAUACCCAAUCACCUCGUGAAAGUAACAACUCCGUAAUAGUGUUAUUUAAAAACGUGACGAGCGUGGAGAAUGUGGAAGAGGAUUUCUUAAACAAAUCAUCCGCCUCUAUCACUGAGGCAGAAUAUGCAGUUUUAGCUUUCUUCAUGUUUUCUGUCUCUCUAGCUGGUAUUCUUUUCAAUGGAAUAUUCGUGUAUGUGUUUUUAGUUCACAGCAAAUUGAAAACAAGACCUAACAUACUACUGAUAUCUCUGUGUAUUUCAAGUUUCCUCAUAGCAGCUUUGGCUAUUCCAUUUGUUGGGGCAUCGGCGAUUUCUGGAAAAUGGCUGUUCGGUCGUUUUGGAUGUGUGUUCCACGGAUUCAUCGUAACAGCGCUUGGUUUAACACAAAUUGCCAUUUUAACCGUUCUCUCAUUUGAAAAAUACAUUUCGAUUGUAAAAUAUCACUGGUCACAUCUUGUCACACAAUCAGCCACGCUUCUUCUUCUGUUUGGAUGUUUUAUGUAUGGAUUCCUACUAGCGGCCUAUCCCUUAUUGGGAUGGAACCGAUACACAAUUGAGGGGGCCAAUAUAUCCUGUUCGAUAGACUGGACUGCACGGAGCCCUAUCGACUUAUCCUAUAGUUUGUGCCUUCUCCUAAUAGGUCUGGUGUUUCCACUGGCAGUGAUGUCCUACGUCUACAUCAGUAUCCUGGUCUUGAUUAAAAGGCAAAGGUCUAUAGCGCAGAGAUAUAAAGGAUUUCAACAACACCAUCGAGCUAGCCGGAGGGAGGUAAAAGUGAUGAAAACCAUUUUUCUACUUGUCUCGGCAUUCCUGAUAUCCUGGAUACCGUACUCUGUGUAUGCAAUGACUUCUAUACUCGGAUAUGCCGAUGAUGUGCAUCCUUUAAUCGGAACAUUGCCUUCAGUAUUCGCUAAGGCAUCGAUUAUCUGGAAUCCUCUAAUAUACGUGUGUAGGAACAGAUCUUUCAAACGAGCAUUAUUUGACACUUUUCCGUCUCUGUUAGUGCUAUAUAGAUGUACGCAUCGAUGUCGUAGACGGGAUUCAGGGGAAAUUGCCAGCGAGUCUACAAAGAUGGUACACAUGAAAGGACCAAUGUCUCUCUCAUCUCAAAAGUCCGAGAUUAACUGUGAGGACAAUUUCGACUCUUGUGUACAGGAAACAGGUCUUGACAGGAAUGAAUGUUGUGUUUCAGUAUGAUAGAAAAUAGGUUGAUAGAUAUUUUAUCCAAGCAUCGAAGGUCUAAAACAAAUGACAUUUAUCAUAUUUAUGACGAUAUUUCUAUGAUCAAAAACAUUGUUACUCACAUAAUGUGUGUGUAU